UAGUAUAUAUCACUGAUUGGUUCAGUAAUCGAACGCGGUCGAGCCUCCGGGUCGGGAAUCCCUUUGAGCUUGGACUUUGGGUCCGCGUGAUUUCGCUUUUGGGGAGGCCGGCUAGAACCGACGAUGAAAGGCAGACCGAGGGGAUCGAUUUUAAGGUUCUUGAUUCUAAUUCUGACGACGGUAGAUCAGAUAAUGGUGGUAUUGACGGCUCAUCACGGCGGUCAUCAUCAUCGGAUCUCAAGGAGGAUCCACCUGCCGCGCGCGAUGGAAGCCUCGAAGAAGUUCCUCUGCAGAGAGCCCCAAUCGAGAGCCUACAAUUUAAGAGAUCUGAUACACAACAUGCAACCGAGCGAAAGCGUGAACCAGCCGGUGUAUAUUGUGGUGAAGAGAUGCGACAGUCACUCAGGCUGCUGCGUUAGCCCCGAUCUUAGCUGCGCGCCGGUGCAGUCGUCGAUCUAUCACGAGGAUAUGCAGGUCGAGGUAUGGAGUCUGCUGACGAAUAGCACGAGGAAAGCGUGGAUCAGGAUCGAGCAGCACGGCAGAUGCAGCUGCGAGAUUAGUAGUGUUAGUGAGAGAUUUAGGGAGGACACUCGGCCGCCUAGUGUACAGAUUCUUUGAUCCUCGAGGUCCUUCGGGUCUCGACGCUGGGUCCCAGAUUCAAUGCCGAAGCAGAAGACUGCAAGUGGAUCGGCCAGCAACCAAUUGGAUUUAUCUUGUAUUUCAAUGGAUACCAGCUGGAAGAAUAAUAAUGUGGAGUGUCAAUUGAAGUCGGUUAAUCAAGACUGGAACUAAUUUUUUAAGAUUUUUAUUUGUACCUUAAUUCUGUAAGAUUCCGUAAAAUUGCGCGUCGAGACUAGGAUCGAAACACUAGGAACGCACCAAGAACGUAAAAUGCACUGACUUGCUUACCAAGAAUUUUUAGCACUAUACAUACAGUGAAACAUUAGAAGAAAAACUGAUAUAAAGUGGAUCUACAAUAAAUGUUAGUGUUGAUAAUAAUUGAGACAGCCAUCAGAUAGAUUGUAGUAAGACAAAGUCUCUUUAGAACUUCAGUUCUAGCUCGCCCUAUUUAUCCUGUUUACAACUAUGUGACCACGGCGAGAGACAAGAAGUAAUAAGGUGAAAUUAGUUAGUAGACAUCAUGCAAACUUUGAUAUUUGAUACUAUGCAAAUUAUUUUAAUAAGCCUAAUUAAUAAAUUAAAAAUUGGUAGAAACAAUGACUGGUGGAAAGCUAACGAAGAAAAAUGUUCAUUAAGUGGUUGUGAUUAUGAGUUACGAAUUAUUGUCACAAAGAAUAGGUACUUCAAAUUAAAGAUUCUUCGGAUGACUGAUAAAAAAUGGAAGCGAACCUUCUUCAUGAGGUAAACUUACGGACUUUCAACGACUUAAAGAUUCCUUGUUUGGUUUUUCAGAAAAACAAAUUUAUCCUUCAAUAGAAAUAUAUAAAUAUCUCGUAAACAUUCAGCUUUAUCAGGGACAUUUAUUUUGCAAUAAUACCUGUCGGCGUACUUAAUAGACUUCAAACCGUGCCAAUUUUUUUUAAGCAAUUUAGUAUUGUAGGAUAAACUAAAAAAGUGCGAGAAGCCGCAUUAAUGCUCUUAACGCGAUGCAUUUCUUCUCGUAUAUUCCGAACAUACAGAAUGUUAUAUCACAAAUGAGUAUGUGUUAUACGAAAUGAGGCUUAGCAACGAUCCUAUUAUACAUAUUUUCGCCUGCCUCACAAAAUGUAAUCGUGCAUAUUUUUAGAUGUUAUUUUUAUUUUUACUUUUAAAUGUAAUAGUGCAUAAUUUUACACUUAUACUUUUAACUGACAUUGUGAUAAGAAGAUCAUAUCAAUUUAUAGCGAUAAUAGCAAGGUCUCGAAGUGAGACAUAUGUAAAAUGGCGUCAAUUAUUCUCUUCGGAUUCACAUUUGAUUUUUAACGGUUUUUUAUUUUUAACGAUUUUUAACGUUAAUUUGAUCUUUAUACAAAACUAAUAACAUCGCGUAACUAACACAGCCGCGUUAAAUAUAACUUCACUAUAUAUUUACUAAAUGCGAUAUCGUUUGUGCGUUGAAGGCAGAAGUUUAGUUAAACAAAGUCCAGACGCGGCGGAAAUAACUGCGUUUGUAUGUAAAUACACAGCUCUAUACAAUGAGCACGUGUCACAAAAUUAUAGGCGAGUACAUUAAGAUUCAAAAAUAAGAAAAAAAAGACUUCUUUGCGUCGUAAACGAUUCUUUUUACAAGUCAAUUUCUAUAGAUGUAAAUAGGCAGUGAAUUUUUAGAAAGUUUAUUUUAUUUAUGUAUUAAAUGAACGAGAUUAAGUGAAAAUCACAACUAUUAUGGCCAAUGUAAGGAGCGUUUUUACAAUUUAGUCCACAACACAGUAUUUCAAUACCAAUUUUAAAUUUAGCACAAUUUAAAAGAACUAACCGUUUAUUUGUAUUAUAAUUUAUUUAUUUAUUGAACGGAUAUCAAUGUAGAAUAAAUAAUAAGAGAAAAUCGCGAUCGGUGUAUCGAAAGGAUUCAACAGUAUUUCUUGUAGUACGUAAUUAGCAGCUAAUGACUCGAAUGUUAUUUAAUUUUUGUAUUAAUUAAUUUAUAUAUCGACUAAUUUAAGAAAAGCGAUGAAAAUGUUUAUAUAAAAAUAAAUUGCAGCUUUGACUAUUUUUAUACUAA